AUGUGUGGGAUCCUGAAUUCAUUCGACGAUCGCUUGGAACGCCUAGAGAAGACGAUCACUCCUGUAUACAAGCAGACAGGAUCUCUUCAAAAACGUCAAGAAAAUAUCAACCUCGUUCUAAAAAAAUUGGACUGCGUCAUACCGAUGUACAAUGUCGCAGAGCGUCUGCGGAGCUCCGUCAGCCGGGGUCCGACGCAAGAAGUGAAGGAAUACAUCGAAACAAUCGAAGAGUUACGCCAAGCUCUACAGUUCUUCGAAAAAAGUUCGCCCUUGAACGCUGAAGUUCCAGCUCUGAAACAAAUCAUAAACCAAGGUCAAAAUCUCCUGCUCCAACAUUUCGAGGAUCAACUCAAUUCCCAUUCGCGGCCACUCCCAGCUCCCACAAUACACGAUCUGAUCGAAAUUGACGAGGAGCUCCGAAGUCUUGACUCAACCCGGAGUUUGGAUCAAAUUCCGAAAGAGGUACAAGAUGAACUUCGAGAAAUGGCCGUGUAUCUCGCACAAUGCGGCCAAGAGAGUCGAGUCAUGGAGAAAUACGGAGCAGUUCGCAGCCGAAUUCUGGUUCAGAGCAUCUCGAAUCUAAAGGAUCACGAGAAAUCAACGAGCGGUAGCAGCAGUCAUAUGAUGACUUUGGGCGUGUCUUCGAGCCCACUUCCCUCUCGUCGCUCCGGAGUGUCAUCAUUGAAAGACCCGAGCGUCGCUGGAAGGAGCGUAGGCCGGAAGAUCAGGAACGCCAUUUUGCGGAACGCGGGCUUGAAAAAGAACUCUGCCGACGCAUCCACUGGGAAAUAUCUCACGUUAGGGAGAGAAGUCCGAGAGGAGGUGGAAGUAGAGAGCUUCCUCACAUCCGUCAGCGCAUUACUCAAGCUCAUGCAGAACGAGGCGCAACUUCUUAAAGCAAUCAUCCCGGAGAGGCACGAUCGAGCAGUGUUCGAGCAUGUGGUCCAAGCUGCUGUGUCCAUUGUUAUGACCGAAGGCGAGAAUUUGGACAAGAUCGUGAAGGAGAGCGCCGCGCGGCAUGAGUUCCAGAUAGUCUUGAGUUUAUUCCCGGCACUGCAACACCUCACCCAACUGAGACCGGAGUACGAACAGCUGAUGGAAGGUUGUACCCAGAAAGAUCAGUUGUGCAAAGCUUUGGUUCGCAUGCAGACCACCUUGAACAAGUCACUAAACGAGUUUGUCGGCUCCGUGCGGAAUGAUCCUGUGGUGAAAAUGCCUAAAGACGGCACCGUCCAUGAGCUGACAUCGAAUGUGAUGAUGAUGCUUGAACGGCUCUUGGCUUUCGUUGACAUGGUUGGUAACGUUCUUGUGGUGCCGGAUCUGCGAAAACUGUCUAAAGCCGAAGAUCGGAACCGUUGCACACUGUCGCAGUAUGUGCACCUCGUAUUGAGCGCACUCAGCUUGAAUAUCAACAACAAGGCUGUCAGCUACACUGACGAAUACCUCCAGGCGAUUUUCCGGCUGAACAACCUACAUUACAUUUAUCAAUCGUUGCAACGGAGUGGUCUCCUGGAAGUUGUUCAAGAAUUUUAUCCGUCCAUGGGUGAACACUACCUGGAAAACUUGCGGGAAGAGAAGAGGAAAUAUUCGCAGAGCUGGAGCACGGUUCUGCAUUACAUAGUAGAUGUCGAUCGCAGCUUGACCGUUGCUUCGCCGAGGGGCUCGGCGGACUCCCUCAAGAUCAAAGAGAAGGAUCGACAGGCUAUCAAGGAGAAAUUCGCCGGAUUCAACAAAGCCAUCGACGAUAUCCUACGAACACAGAAACAAUACGCCGUGCCCGAUGCUGAAUUGCGUCAGACUAUCAAGCGCGACAACGAGGAAUUCAUUGUUCCAAAAUACAGAUUGUUCUACAACACGUAUGCCGAUGUGCCCUUCACGAGGAAACGAGACAAAUAUGUGCGCUUUUCGCCCAUCGAAGUCUCGGAUAUGAUCAAAGAAUUCUUCGACACAUCUGCUUGAAUUUGGACGAUCGACGAAGCGCUGUCUGCGCUGAAGAUGGAGUUAUGGUUCCGAGCAGAGUUUUUGGCGAAGUGGAGGACCGAGGAGCGAAGAGUCGCUCAAGUGCUCCGUAAUCUCCUUGUUCAUAUGCACAGAAAUCA